AUGCGGGGUUUGGAGAUAGGACUACAGCAGGAAGCGGCAAGUGUAGAUGAUGAUCGUCAAAGCCGGUACAAGAGUCUCAGAGCUAGGAAAGCCAUGCACACCACACCUGCCCACACAUCAGAAUCCCGAUCGGACACAACUGGUCCUUUUAAGCACACUCCUGAUGGCAGCGCACGCAGUCCGUGUCUUGAGGACAUCAUGAAUUUCGUAGCACCCACCAGCAUUGGAACCCGCCGUGGGGCUGGCCAACCAGGAUGCCGUGAUCCCGUCGCUCGCCCGAUUUAUCUCGGCCGGCCCAUGCAACCACGCUCAACGAGGCCUGACGUCAAGGACGAGCCUAGCACCAAUGCAGCGACCGAACAAGGGGACACGCAGAGACGAGGUUCUUUUUGA